AUGGGGACAAACAGCGAUAAAGUGAGUGUUACGUUUGCCCUCCAGUCAGCCCCCAGUGUGGCUCAGAGACCCACCCCUCUCACCCUCAGCCCUCUCCCCCACCUCUCCUCCCCUCUGCCCUCUCUUCCAUACUUUUCCUCCCACAAACCGUCUGCAUCCUCACUGGACACCCAUGACCCAAACCAAUCUACAUCUACACUGGACAACCACGACCCAAACCAAUCUACAUCUACACUGGACACCCACGACCCGAACCAAUCUACAUCUACACUGGACACCCAUGACCCAAACCAAUCUACAUCUACACUGGACACCCACGACCCAAACCAAUCUACAUCUACACUGGACACCCAUGACCCGAACCAAUCUACAUCUACACUGGACAUCCACGACCCAAACCAAUCUACAUCUACACUGGACAUCCACGACCCAAACCAAUCUACAUCUACACUGGACACCCAUGACCCGAACCAAUCUACAUCUACACUGGACAUCCACGACCCAAACCAAUCUACAUCUACACUGGACACCCACGACCCAAACCAAUCUACAUCUACACUGGACACCCACGACCCAAACCAAUCUACAUCUACACUGGACAUCCACGACCCAAACCAAUCUACAUCUACACUGGACACCCAUGACCCGAACCAAUCUACAUCUACACUGGACACCCACGACCCAAACCAAUCUACAUCUACACUGGACAUCCACGACCCAAACCAAUCUACAUCUACACUGGACACCCAUGACCCAAACCAAUCUACAUCUACACUGGACACCCAUGACCCAAACCAAUCUACAUCUACACUGGACACCCAUGACCCGAACCAAUCUACAUCUACACUGGACACCCACGACCCAAACCAAUCUACAUCUACACUGGACACCCAUGACCCAAACCAAUCUACAUCUACACUGGACACCCAUGACCCAAACCAAUCUACAUCUACACUGGACACCCAUGACCCAAACCAAUCUACAUCUACACUGGACAUCCAUGACCCGAACCAAUCUACAUCUACACUGGACACCCACGACCCAAACCAAUCUACAUCUACACUGGACAUCCACGACCCGAACCAAUCUACAUCUACACUGGACACCCACGACCCAAACCAAUCUACAUCUACACUGGACAUCCACGACCCAAACCAAUCUACAUCUACACUGGACACCCAUGACCCGAACCAAUCUACAUCUACACUGGACACCCAUGACCCAAACCAAUCUACAUCUACACUGGACACCCACGACCCAAACCAAUCUACAUCUACACUGGACACCCAUGACCCGAACCAAUCUACAUCUACACUGGACACCCAUGACCCGAACCAAUCUACAUCUACACUGGACACCCAUGACCCGAACCAAUCUACAUCUACACUGGACACCCAUGACCCAAACCAAUCUACAUCUACACUGGACACCCACGACCCGAACCAAUCUACAUCUACACUGGACACCCAUGACCCAAACCAAUCUACAUCUACACUGGACACCCACGACCCAAACCAAUCUACAUCUACACUGGACACCCACGACCCAAACCAAUCUACAUCUACACUGGACACCCACGACCCGAACCAAUCUACAUCUACACUGGACAUCCAUGACCCGAACCAAUCUACAUCUACACUGGACACCCACGACCCGAACCAAUCUACAUCUACACUGGACACCCACGACCCAAACCAAUCUACAUCUACACUGGACAUCCCCGACCCAAACCAAUCUACAUCUACACUGGACACCCACGACCCAAACCAAUCUACAUCUACACUGGACACCCACGACCCAAACCAAUCUACAUCUACACUGGACAUCCAUGACCCAAACCAAUCUACAUCUACACUGGACACCCACGACCCGAACCAAUCUACAUCUACACUGGACAUCCAUGACCCAAACCAAUCUACAUCUACACUGGACACCCACGACCCAAACCAAUCUACAUCUACACUGGACACCCAUGACCCAAACCAAUCUACAUCUACACUGGACACCCAUGACCCAAACCAAUCUACAUCUACGCUAGACAUCCAUGACCCGAACCAAUCUAUAUCUACACUGGACACCCACGACCCAAACCAAUCUACAUCUACACUGGACACCCAUGACCCAAACCAAUCUACAUCUACACUGGACACUACAUCCUCCAUACCCUCGUAA